AUGUCCUCAGAGGUCGAAGAGGAGAGCAUUGACCUCUUCCAAGAGCCCGCAGAUUUCUAUGAACCAGAAAAACAGGCUUCUUUCGCAUCUCAUCAGUUGCUUUCCGGACAGGAACUCACCGUGCGCCUAGUGGGCCACAAUCCUUUGUGGGGCCACCAUCUCUGGAAUGCCGGACGCACAACCUCCACAUACCUAGAGCAACAUGCAGCCACCUUAGUCGAAGGAAAGACGGUCCUCGAGCUUGGCGCCGGAGCUGGACUACCUAGCCUCGUCUGUGCCCUCAACGGCGCUUGGCGUGUUGUUGUAACGGACUAUCCGGACGCCGAGUUGAUCGACAAUCUGUGGUACAACAUCAAUCAUUGCGAGCUACUACCUACGCCGCCAAGCAUCGUUGCGCAAGGCUAUCUGUGGGGCGCGCCUAUUCAAGACGUUAUCCAGCACUUACCGAAUAUCGACGAGACGUUCGAUGUCCUGAUCCUUGCCGAUCUGCUGUUUAAUCACUCGGAACACGCCAAGCUUGUUAAGACGGUCCAGUUGACGCUGAAGAAGUCACCGGACGCAAAAGCGUACGUAUUCUUCACGCCGUAUCGGCCGUGGUUGCUGCAGAAGGACUUGGCAUUUUUCGAUCUGGCUCGCGAAGCGGGAUUUGCCGUGGAGAAGACGUUCGAGAAGGUCAUGGAGAAGGUCAUGUUUGAGGAAGAUCCUGGUGAUGAAUUGCUGCGGCGGACGGUGUACGGAUAUGAGCUUACUUGGGCGGCUUGA